CGCUGCUUUGACCUUUGAUCUCCAAAGUAUCAAAGCUGGAGGAAAGAUGGCAGACGUAGACUUCGGCGACAGUGAGCUCUUUGAGCAGCUAGAUCACUCCGAACCACCGACACCGACACACAUUCGCUUCACAGAUAACGAGGAAGAGCCGGAGGAGAUGAGCCGGCGCGCCAGACUGAAGGAGUAUCACGACUCCAUCAAGAGACUCACCGAGGAGAAUGCAGUUUUACGGAGACAGCUGAGCGUCCUCACACCACCAAGUGGCAUCACAAUUGAAGAUGUCAACACCGGCGGACCCCUUCUUCAAAUCCUUUAUGCGAACAACAGUAUUUCAAAGCAGUGUCGUCAAGAGAUUGAAGAUUUUAUCUAUAGUGUGAUACUGAAGCACCAGGGAACAGGACAUGAGAAGAAACAACCCCCCACCUGUGUCAAACCUCAGAGUUCAGCUUUUGCUAUGGAUGAAGAUCCACCAAGCUCAUCCUCAUACAGUGAAAAAGCAACACAAGCCUUUAAAGUGGUUGGAAGUGUGUCAUAUUUCACUUCUUUCUGUAUUGAUAAACUUGGGCAGCCUCUGGUCAAUGAAAACCCCCAGAUGACAGAUGGAUGGGACAUUCCAAUCUAUUCCCAGGUUUUUAACCAAGUACUCGGAACAAAUGGACAGGAAAUCGAAAUGAAAGACAAAAGACCCAAGUCCAUGUGUUUUAACUGUGGUUGCGGCGGUCAUCAGCUGAGGGAUUGUCCCAAGCCUAAAGACAUGGCUGCAAUCAAUGAGAGAAGAAAAGAGUUCAAUCAAAACAACAACCAAACCAUGCAGAGUAACCAGCGAUACCAUGCUGAUGAAGUGGAGGAGCGCUUUGCGAAAUACAAGCCUGGAGUCAUGAGUGAGGAGCUGCUGGCAGCACUGGGAAUUGAUGGCAACACCCUUCCUCCUCUGAUUUAUCGCAUGAGGCAGCUCGGCUACCCUCCAGGUUGGCUAAAGGAGGCAGAGAUGGAAAACUCUGGCCUAACACUAUACGAUGGAAAUGCACCAAAUAAUGGCAAUACAACGGAGAAUAGUAAAUCAGAAAACAUCUCUUAUGAUGUUUCCAAACUGCAAGAUUUCCCUGGCUUCAAUGUAGCUGCACCAGACAAAAUGAAAGAUGAAUUCAUGCAGUAUGGUUCAAUUCCACUGCAGAGCCACCAGAUAAAGCAAAACUAUGCAGCGUACCUGUCCAACAACUUUCCUAUGCCUGGUGACACCUGCAACAAGAGGCGCCGUGAAUCGGACUCUUCUCCACAGCCGAGGAAGAAAAAUAGGCCCAGUCCUGAUCAGAACUCCAGCAGGAGCUCAGAUAUGGAUAUCGAAUCAGAUCCAGGAACACCUUAUAACAGUCGCAGAGGUGACUUCAAGUUCCAAUCACCGCUUCCCCCAGGAUCUCCUUGCUUCAGUUCACCUCCUCCUUUACCCCACGGCACUCCUCCAGCUACACCCACUCCCCCCCCUCUCCCAAAAGGUACGCCUCCCCCUACUCCCAACAACGGUUCUCCAGCUCUGCGAGGGCAGAAUUGGGUCGUGGUUGAUGAUGCUGUGGAGGGGACAGAUGAUGAGCUGACAUUAGAGGAACUGGAGGAGCAGCAGAGGCUGAUUUGGGCGGCUCUAGAAAAUGCUGACACUGCCACAAAUAGUGACUGUGACACACCUACUAUGGGAACACCUAUACCCAGUUCACCGAGCGUGUUGACACCUGUGCAUGUCGACACAGAAACAGAAGAGGCUGAAAAAGCAAUGGACACAGAUAGACCUCUAGAAACUGGCCAAAGUAGCCCAAAUCUAAGGGAACCAGAAAAUCAAGAACUUUGCCCUCAGAGCCCUGGACCAAUCAAAGCUGAGGAAGAUAGCCCUCAGAGCCCUCAUCCAGUCAAAUCUCAAGACGACACCCCUCAGAGUCCUGGUCCAAUCAAAUCCCAGCAAGACAACCCUCAGAGUCCUGGUCCAGUCAAAUCACAGGAUGACAACCCACAGAGCCCCGAACCACUCAAAGUCCAAGACGACAGCCCUCAGAGUCCUGGUCCUGUCAAAUCCCAGGAUAACAAUCCACAGCGCCCUGAUCCAGAUUUCUCUAACAGGGAUGCUGAUGAUGACGCUUCUCUUAAGCAUGAUGAGAAGAUAACAGCUGUUCCUCACCGCAGCAAGUUUGCUGCUGGCAUUGUUCCAUUUGAAGAUACACCAGAAUACACUGAAGUUGCUGAAGCCACAGGGACGUACCUUAGAAUCAGGGACUUGCUUAAAGGUUCCCCUCGAAAUUUGGCAAAGAAAAAAGAAUAAUUGUAUAUCUUGACUUGGACACAUGAAUAUGUGACUAUUUUUUUAACCGAAAAAAUAUUUUCAUUUUCGUCCCCAGCCUAUCAAGCAUGUCUUUUUUAGCAGUUAGUCAAGUUAAAAUGAAUUUGUAAACAUACAAUGUGGGAGGGGCAGUGGCAGAUGAUGCAACAGCAUUGUUUUGUAGAUUUUGACUUAUUAGUCUCCAUCAUUUUAAAGUAGUAGUGUAACUGCGGCUCUUGAGUUUAUUGUAUAAUUUGUAAAAUGGCAAUUUCAUGAUAUGUAUUAAUAUUCAUAUGUUGUUUAAAAGGCUUUUUCUAUUUUACUUCCUACUUGAAUUGCUUUAAAAUCUUCAAGUAAA